ACGCAACUCUUUUUACAUCCACACAGUUAGUUAAUUACAAUGUCCACGCCUAAAGUUAUAAUCAUUUCAUCUGACGAUGAAAAGUUCCCUGUUGAACAAAAAGUAGCUGAAAAGUCAAUCUUGAUUAAGAAUAUGAUUAAUGAUUUGAAUCCUGACGGGUUGGAAGAAGAUUUUGAAAUUCCAACACCAAAUGUUAGAUCAAAUGUUUUAUCCAAGGUUUUGGAAUGGUGUGAACACCACAAGAAUACCGUUUUUGCCGAUGAUGAAGAUGAAGAUGUCAAGAAGUCCUUGCCUGUUGAAGAAUGGGAUAAGAACUUCUUGAAGGUGGAUCAAGAAAUGCUUUAUGAAAUUAUCUUGGCUGCUAAUUAUUUAAAUAUCAAACCUUUAUUGGAAUCCGGUUGUAAGAUGGUUGCUGAAAUGAUUAAAGGUAAAUCCCCAGAAGAAUUGAGAAGAACCUUUAAUAUUGUCUCUGAUUUCAGUCCUGAAGAAGAAGCUGCCAUUAGAAGAGAAAAUGAAUGGGCGGAAGAUAGAUAAGUACCAUUUGUAGUGUGUAUGGCCUAGUGCUUUAAAUUAUAUGUAAUGUUGAAAAGUUAGAUAAGAGAUAUAUGACCU